AUGAGAAACAUAAACAAUUCAAACAAUAGCUUUUUCGAUGGCAGUAAAGAGAACAGAUUAAAGUUAACAAGUGAUCAGACUGAAAGACUUAAGAGAUUUUUUAAUGAAAAUCCUAAGCCUAACGCUAUUGAAAGAGUGAUUAUUUCAAAUGCAUUGAACAUAAGCAGUGACAAAAUUAAAAACUGGUUCCAGAAUUACAGAGCAAAACUCAAAAAUGAGGAAGAAGAAAAGAAAUCGUUAUUAAUGCGUCAAGAUUCCAUUUUUGAUCUUUUUGUUCCAAAAGUAUAUCCACUAUGCAAUGACCUUUUCAAAUCAAAAAUCACUUUUAAAUCUGUUUCAUACAAACCAAUCAAACGUCAAUUUACUCGUAAAUAA